AUGCUUCGCGGCAAUCAUGAGACAUCGUCCAUCAACAAAGCCUACGGCUUCCACCAUAGUGUGAUGACGAAAUAUAAGAGCGAAGCACUCUACGAGAACUUCCAACGAGUCUUUGACUGCAUGCCGUUAAGUGCCUUAAUCUCCGAUCGAAUCUUAUGCAUGCAUGGUGGUUUGAGUCCUGGAUUGUUGGAGGCAAAGUCACUGGACAUUCUUGAUAAAAUCAGUCGUCCACUACCUGACAAUAGGAUUUCAGCAGAUGGCAAUCAGUUGGCGACCGACCUGCUCUGGGCUGACCCUGACAUCAAUGUUCGACUUUUCAGUUCUUCCAACCGUCGUGGUAUUGGACGCAUGUUUGGCCAGGAAGUGAUCGACCGUGUUCGGCAGCGAUUUGGCAUCGAUCUCAUAGUUCGCGCUCAUCAGGUGGUUCUGGAUGGACAUGAGUUUUUCAACGACGAUGCAAGUUCGGGACUGAUCACGCUAUUUACAGCGCCUCAUUAUUGCGGCCAGUAUGACAAUUCGGGAGCGAUUAUGCGAGUGGCUAAGGAUAUGGGUGUCUCAUUCAAGGUGUUCAAGCCUCAGCUUCCAAACAACAACUCGUCUCGACGAUCGAAAAGAAAUGAAUGA